GGGCGGACGGGAAGGAGGAAGCGCGGAGCACCGAGGCGAGGCGGGCGCCCUCCAGCCGCAGCUCCGGAGCGGCCGCGCCAUGUCCGCGCGCAACCCGGGUACCGAGCUCGACCUCAGUUGGAUUUCCAAAAUUCAAGUGAAUCAACCAGCGGUUCUGAGGCGUGCGGAACAAAUCCAGGCUCGCAGGACGGUGAAAAAGGAGUGGCAGGCUGCUUGGCUCCUGAAAGCUGUGACCCUCAUAGAUCUUACCACACUUUCUGGUGAUGACACAGCUUCCAAUGUUCAAAGGCUCUGUUAUAAAGCCAAAUACCCAAUCCGGGAAGAUCUCUUAAAAGCCUUAAAUAUGCAUGAUAAAGGCAUCACCACAGCAGCUGUUUGUGUGUACCCGGCUAGGGUGUGUGAUGCCGUAAGAGCACUACAGGCCGCAGGCUGCAAUAUCCCUGUGGCAUCAGUGGCCACUGGUUUUCCAGCCGGACAGACUCAUUUAAAAACACGACUAGAAGAGAUCAGAUUGGCCGUGGAAGACGGGGCUUCGGAAAUCGACGUGGUAAUUAACAGGAACCUGGUGUUGACUGGCCAGUGGGAAGCCCUGUAUGAUGAAAUUCGUCAGUUUCGCAAGGCCUGUGGGGAAGCUCAUCUCAAAACCAUCUUAGCAACAGGAGAACUUGGAUCUCUUACUAAUGUCUAUAAAGCCAGUAUGAUAGCAAUGAUGGCAGGAGCAGAUUUUAUUAAGACCUCUACGGGGAAAGAGACAGUAAAUGCCACCUUCCCGGUAGCUAUAGUAAUGCUACGGGCCAUUAGAGAUUUCUUCUGGAAAACUGGAAACAAGAUAGGCUUCAAGCCAGCAGGAGGCAUCCGCAGUGCAAAGGAUUCCCUUGCUUGGCUCUCUCUUGUCAAGGAGGAGCUGGGAGAUGAGUGGCUGACGCCUGAACUCUUUCGAAUAGGUGCCAGCAGUCUGCUUUCUGACAUCGAGAGGCAGAUUUACCACCAUGUGACUGGAAGAUACGCUGCUUACCAUGAUCUUCCAAUGUCUUAAAUCAGCAGCCCACUCCAGGGAAGUUCUUUACAGUGAUAUUUUUUACUUAACAAUUAUUUCUGUACAGAAUUGGCAAAAAUUGCUUAAUUAAAAUCAGGAGAAUAGAUAGCUGACUUUUCUUUCCUCUUAAAAUUUCCAAUGAGCUUAAUUCAAAGAAUAAAAGAAACAACAAACAACUCCACACAUGCUACUCAUUGCAGGCAGAAAUGGUCUCACUUCCUAGGCAAUGCGUGCAGUUAAUUUUGUGUGGGUUUUCUCCUAAAAUCUCUGAGAUGUUGGUGAUGGCUUUAACAGAAGUCGAAUGGCCUGAGAAGCGUGCUGUAGCCAAGGAGAGAGCGGCGCUCUGGAACUGCAGCUGGAGCGACCUCAGGACUCGCUGACUCAGCGCGAAUUUCCUAAGAAUCGUCUUUAAUUUUUGCAGCGGAUAUGCUCUUUUACUAAUUGUUUUGCUAAUGAAAUUUCUGGCAUUGUUAUAUGAAGCUGUGAACAUCACUGAAUUUUUUCAAUAAAAAAAAAUCCCCGUA